AUGAUGGUUCCUGACUUUGACAAUUUCCCGGCCCUGCCUACCAGCACGGGCAUCGCGCCGAUCCCCACCGUGGUCCCUGGAACUCCACUGAUCCAGGAGCUCGGCGACACCGGAAAGCGGACUCUCUGGGUUGUAGCGGUUCUCAUGGCCAUCUCCUCGGUCGUCUUCUACUUCCUCGCAGCCCGAGCCCCUCUGCCCAAGCGGGUCCUUCACACCACCAGCGCUUUAAUCACCACAAUCUCCUUCAUCACCUACCUUGCCCUCGCCACGGGCCAAGGAAUCGCAUUUAAAGAAGAGGCGAUCACCCACCACAACAAACACGUCCCAAAUACCCACACCACCACCCUCCGCCAAGUUCUCUGGCUCCGCUACCACCCCCUGCUCUUCACCAACUUCGCCUUGAUCUCCGGUCUUCCCGGCGCGAACCUCCUCGCCGCCAUCGCAGCUAACUAUGUCAUGCUUGCUGCGGGACUCCUGGGCACGUUUGCCGGACACACCAAGGCGAGAUGGGCCUGGCUGACGCUUUCCUGUAUCGGAUACCUGGUUGUCCUGAAUCAUGCCGGAUUCCAAGCUCAGCGCGCAGCACAGCGUAAGGAUGCGCCGUUCAGACGAUUCUUCGGUGCAUUCUCGGGUACUUCGCUGGUCAUUUUCGCACUAUUCCCGAUCUCCCUCGCGGCUGGAUCCCUAGCCUUGAAGGUCAGCGUCGAUACCGAGACAGUCCUUUUCGCCGUUCUGGACAUCUUUACACAAGGUAUCGUGGGUUAUUGGUUGUUGCUGACCCAUGACACUUCGUCCGGGCUGUAUGUGACCCCAUUUCCCUCCAUUGAGGAUGCGUUACUAACUGGAUACAGUGUUGCCUUGACUGGCUUCUGGGCCCACGGCGCCGGCGGCGAGGGUAACAUUCGCCUGGCGGAUGAAGAGGGCGCGUAG